AAAAUUGUCUUGAAUACAAGUGGACCUAAUCUCAUUAGACUAAAUAUUAAAAUCUUCCAUCGGCUAUCUACUUAAAAAGAAAGAUAAUACUCUCAAUUUUAUUUUCUACUUAGCCUUCAAAGACUUUCAGUAUAAUUCAUAUUUUAUACUAUUGCUUUGUUGGAGUUUAAUUUUUCUACUCACGCCAUUCAAGACAAAGAACACAACCAACCUGUUUAGAAUUAAACAAAGUUACACAAUAAUUCACCAUAAUCAUGGAUAAUAACACAAGUGACGGUGAUGUUGAAGAGCGAACAGAUUUAGACAGAAACGAUUCAUCAGAUGGUGAUACUGUUACCGAAGACUCUCUUCCAUCAACUUCUCAUAAAAGUCAAGUUGGACGUAAAUCUUUGUCAGGACAAAUUUGCUCCUUAAAAACUUUAAUCGAUGAUCAAAUUGUCGACCCUGGAAACAAUGUACUUACCAUGGACUAUUAUGGUACUAAAUUUGAUGCUGACUUAUUACCCAAUGGUAAUAUAAGAUGGGCUCAAUCAAAGCAAAUAUUUACUACACCCAGUGCCUGGUUUAAUCACUGUAAGAAACUUGUCAAUCCAGAGAGUAGUAACAGUAAACCUGGUUCAGCUUGGUCUACAAUCAGGUAUCGACGAAAGCGACUCGAUUCAUAUAAAUUAAGAUGGUAUCGAAAGCAAAGAAAGAUUGUCACCUCGGCCAACAUGUACGAUUCAGCAAUGGUUUAUUCCAAGGCAGCCUCAGACUAUUUAACCCAUUCCCAAAGUGUUUCAUCUGAUUCUUCCCCUGUCCCAUUAACUUUUUUACCUGACAAUUAUCCAAUGAAAGAGAAAAAUGUUGUUGAACAUCAUACUCUUGCCAGUAAACUUAUCCAACAGGAUACCAAUACCAUGGUUAAAUGUAUUCCAUUCAGUGCCCUGGAAAGGAUUCAGCCUUUUACCUUAACAAUUUCAACAAAUGCUCUUUUAACAAUUGAUUUCCAUUGUCAUUUAACAACCGGUGAAGUUGUCGGUUAUCUUGGCGGUUCUUGGGAUAUUACAACUCAUAAUUUGUCAAUUCUACAAGCAUUCCCUUGUAAAACUCGACUUGGUGAUAAAGAAAGAUCUCGAAAAGUUGAAGAAGAGAUUAGACAAAAUAUGGAUCAGAAAAAAUUGACCAUCGUUGGCUGGUAUCAUAGUCACCCGAAAGCAGCCCCUCAACCCACCAUACGAGACAUUGAAUCUCAAAUGGAUUAUCAGAUCGCAAUGAAAGGUGAUACUGAUGCAACUUACAUUCCCUGUAUUGGAUUAAUUUGUUCACCUUACGAUGAAGAUAAUCCAAGAUUAACCUCAAGGUAUCAAGCUUUUUGGGUUAUGCCUCCAAAUGAAUUUAAACCCCUUGAAUAUGGGCGACCCAUGCAGAUGACUUACAGUGUGACCAGAGAUUCAUUUCUAACACAAGAUUUACUAUUAGACAUGCGUUUACUUGCUCAUUAUUAUAUUGAUGGUCCAGACGCGAUUAAAUUUUCCGAUAAUUACUCAACUAAAGAGAAAACUUUUUGGCACAAACUUCAGGCCUCUUUAAAGCCAUUUUUACCCCGAGAUCUCACCACUACCGUUAAUCAAACUCCAGCUCAGACACAAGUCCAACAACAAGCACUUUCCCAUUUCUGGGCUUUUCUCAAAGGACUUUUACUCCCUAGUAUGAGUGAUCAAAGUGAGAACAUUAAUUGUUCUAGUGUAACUAGUAAACUGCUUGACAAUUUACUAACUCUUCCAAUUGAACUAUCAACUUCACCUUCAAUACAACAAUCACAACAAUCAUCACAACAACAACAACAACAACAACAACAACAACAACAAUCUUUUGACACCAAUACAAAUAUAUUCCAGUCUCAACAAUCAACAACAACAAUGCCCUCGUUAACCGUUGGUACUAAAGGUAAAUCAACAACCACCACAACUGAAUUGGGAUCAAUUAGUGUCCCCAAGAAACAAUCAUCACCAUCAACACCUUCAACUGCAAUUGAUUUUUUCACCUUCAAAUGGUUAUUCAAGAAACGAGCUGUUCCUUUCUUAAAGAAAUCAUCUUCAUCCAUUUUCCCUGAAGCCUCAGAUAAUCAAAGUAAUCAACAUCACGGAUCAAAUUCUGUUGGUACAAUUUCUUCAAAUGGAAAUGGACUCGAUGGAUCUCGAUCUAAUAGUCGAUCAGCUGGUUCACGGUUAGACUGUCAAAGUAUUCCAGGUACAGCUAAACCAACGAGUAAAAUUUGUUCUGUGACCCAACCAUUUAUCUCUCGUCUCACCGAAACCGAAUCAACUUUAAAAUCAACCCUUCGAAUGAAACUUUCCUACAGUUUCGGUGAUAUUGACGAUUUCUCAAAAUGGUCUUACCUGGACAAUGGUGAAAAAGAACCAUUAAAUCCUGACAUUAACGAUGACCAUUCAUCCUUAAAUCACCCUCAUAAUCACCAUCAUCAUCCUCAUCCUCACAAUCAUCUCCAUCACCAUAGGAAUCAUUCAAAUGUCAACACUUCUCAUCAUAAUUCAAUUUCAUCAUCAAGUAAAUGUCUCUUUCCUAAAAGUGGUAAAUUAACUUCAUCUUCAUCAGCUUCAAUAUCUCACCUUCCCUCAACUCGUCGAUCUGGUUAUCAUUAUCGUCAUGAAUCAUCAAUUGGUACCCUGAGAAAUCGUGAAUUAGAUUCAAUUGAACGAUGCUCUCUCUGUCUUAAUGAGAUAUCACCUCAAUUGAUGCACACAAUUUGGUCCUGUGGAUGUCGUUUCUGUAUCAAUUGCCUACAAACUUACCUGACAAUAAAUAUAAAGGAAAACAAUAAUGUUUGUAAUUUAACUUGCCCUGAUUCAAAUUGUCCAGAGAUAAUCAAAUUAUUGAAACAACAUCCAUCCUCAACAUUAUCAUCAUCUGCUAGUAAUAAUAACAUUUCCUCAUCAUCUGGUCCUAAUCAUCAUCAUCGUUUAAUGACAUCUCUCAUAAAAACAAUGUCUCCAAAUCGUUUCACUCCCCAAGAGAUACAAUUAUUGGUACCAGAGGAGACAUUUAAUCUGUACAAAAAGUACAAAUUAUACCAGGAAGUAGAUGAAGAUCCCAAUCGAACCUGGUGUCCAAAGCCAAACUGUGUUAACAUUUGCACCAUAACAAAAUGUCAAACUGUUUCUCUGCCCUCAUCAUCAUCAUUUACCUCAUCAAAGUCAACUCAGUCCACAAAGAUGUCGCUAAACGUUUCACCGGAACUGGACAAGGCCUCAUUUUAUUGUCAAAAGUGCAAUGAAACCUAUUGUAACCUAUGCCGAAAACCCUUUCACCCUGGAACCUCAUGUUGGCCUUCAGGAGAAGAUGAUGACCUUGCCCUUUUAUUGAACAAUCAAAGUGGCUCACCAAACCGUCUCAAUAACAUUAAACGCUGCCCUCGAUGCUCCGUUUGGAUUGAGAGAGACGAUGGAUGCGCUCAAAUGAUGUGCCGUAAAUGUAAACACGUUUUCUGCUGGUUUUGCCUUCAAUCACUCGAGGAUGAUUUUUUACUUCGUCAUUAUGAUAAAGGACCUUGUAAAAAUAAGCUAGGUCAUUCCCGACCUUCGGUAAUUUGGCAUCGAACUCAAGUUAUCGCUAUUUUCGCUGGAUUUGGUUUACUAUUACUUUUGGCCUCACCCUUAUUCCUAAUCGCAUCACCAUGUAUCCUUUGUUGUAACUGUUGUUGUGGUUCAUCCUGCAAGUACUUAGACGAUGGUGAUCCCAAUGAAGAGGAAGAUGGAUUCGGUGUUGUUAAUCUGUAAAUCAUCAUCAUCAUUAUCAUCAACAUCAUCCAACACCAAAUCUACACAUGAAAUAGACAAACCUAAUGAACAUAGUUCAAUCAUCCUGAUUAAUAUCUUUAUCUUGUUAUUAUCAAUUUAAUUUUCAUUUACGUUCACCAACCUCAUUCAUUAUCUAUCCAUUUAUUUAUAUCCAUUUCUGACAUUUAUUUUUCUUCCACUUCCUCUUCCACCUCCUUCUCUCUCAUCCUUCGUCUCUUAAAUGCAUUUGUAAAUAAUCAACAUCCGCCAGGCGGGAUUACUGAACUUUGAUUGGUAAAAAACGAGACCUGAGUCCAUUUAGAAAAUGCUCUUCCUCCCGAUCCUCUCAAUAAUAUAUAUAUAUAUAAUAUUCCUCGAUUAUUGUCAUCAUUAUUGUCACCAUUCUCAUCGUCACUUCCACUUUCAUCAUCUUGGAUACUAGAAUGAACCACAAUUAAGAGGAUAAACAUCAACAGCCACAAUUUAGUGACACAACAUCAACUCACCGGAGGGGAAAAUAAUUCUAACGGAACUUUCCAAACACACAUAUUAAUCUAUUAUAUAUAUAUCGAUGGUAGUGAUCAUAAAGAUACAUCGAACUAAAUCAAUUCCAAUGACACAGAGAUAACUACAAUUAACUGAUUGUUUUCAUUCAUUUUCAUGAUAAUUUAUCAUUGAAAAUUUUCCCACUUCAUUUACUAUACAAAAACAAAGCCAAAGGAAGAUAUGAAAUCAAAAGAUACAAAUUGAUUGUCAACAUUCAGAAUACACGAGGAAUCAAUUGUAACAAUUAACAACAAAGCUGAUCAGAGUUACAAUCGAACAUCUAAUUUAGUUAUUAUAAUAGUUAUAACAAUGAUCAAAAUUGAUUAGACAAUUUAGUUAAUUACACUACUAAAACUGUAUAUACAUAUGUUUGUGUGUAUACAUAUUUGACUAGUAAAUUAUUACGAUAUUAAUUGUUACCACUUAA